AUGAGCCGCGAUACUACCAGUAGGUCUGGUGGCGCAUCUCCUGCCGCCGCUAUCUCCCCGCCUCCUUCCUCGAGCUUUCCUGCGACUUCCGUGUUCCUCCCGGCCUUGCUGCUACUGGGAGUCGAUCUGAGCGACGACCCCGACGACAGGGAGCAGGUCGUCGCACAGGGGCUCGCCCACGACCAGGCGAAGGCGGCGCAGGGCCGCAGGCACCGUCGCACGGGGAGCCUGGAUACGAUGCUGCUGGCGAAACCGGGGGUCGCCAGCGGGAAAGGCGUGAGUUCCGUCAAGUCAAUUGGGGAUGGUACUACGACCACUCGCCGUACUACUGGUAACAGUGGCACCAUUACUGCUCGUAGCGCGGCGGCGAUUGAGGCGGGCAGCAUGGCAGGAGGCUCUAAGAAGGACGACGCGAUCCCAGGGGAAGCCACGCCUUUCUCAGCCACGUCGGUUUCAGAGGAAAGCGACACCAGCAGCAGCAGCAGUAGCAGCAGCCGCCAUGACCCCACAGGCUUUAAGGGCUUUCAGCCCGUUCCCACAACCGCUCAGCCUGCCGCUGGCUCACCAAAGCCAGUAGUCUUCGGUUCUGCGCGGUUCAGUGAGUCCUCCGGCCUCAAGGGCUUCAAGCCUGCGUUCCUGCGACUCGGGGACGAUCUGGGCGACGACCCAGACGACUGGGAUUGGCUCGCAGGCGGGCAGCAGCAGACGUGGAGCAAUCCUGGCGGUCCACAGGGGCUUGAGAAUGAGCUCGUGAAUGGGUCCGAGAAAGGGCAUGGAGAAGGGAAGGAGGGGCGAGGGAUUGGAGAGGAACGGGUGAGGCAUAAGGAGAAGAUAGGGGAUUACAGAAUGUCGUGUUCUGGGGAACUCCCAUCUGCAUACCUGUUGGCCCUGUUGACCAAGAGUAUGUUGAUCUAG